CCUCUCACUAACCAAAAACACAUCUCUCCCCUGUUUUCUUCACCUCUGCUCCAAAUUCUCUAAAACCACCAAAUCCUGCAUUCCAUCAUCAAAAUUUGAAACAAAACACCUAUUUUUUGAAGCUCGCUCUCUCUGAGGGAGAUAGAGCAAUUUGAGAUGGGUUCUUCAAGAAUUCCAACUAAACGUAUCCGAUUCUGUUUUUUGUUCCCUCGGAUUAGCUAUUAAAUUCAACACCAGGUUCUUAAAUUCGGUCCAUUUUUAAAACUAUUGGCCAAAUUUGAUCUUGGUAUUUCCUUUUCCUCCACAUACAUUUGAUUCAAAUCUUUCUGCUAUAGCCUUUUGUCUUCUGUAUUGUCCCAUCUCGAACUCUCUGCUUCGGGUUUAUCUAUUGAAGCAGAGAAAGAGAGAGCGAGCAAGAAGGUGGUGUUGUUGGUAUAAUGUCUGCGGAGAAGAACAGUAGCAAAUCCAGAAAGGGUUUCGAAGAAACAGAGGAAAUGAUGGCGAGCCAGGAUUGGGAGAUUGAAAGAGGAAAAGGUCUUGAUUUUGUGUUUGAGCGGCAGCGAUGGAAGCCUGUUUUUUAUGACGCUUCCAUGUCACAGAGACCUCUCAAGAAAAUCCGCAGCCCGGAGCGGCAAGAACAAGACCAAUCUCAAUCCUCUGUUUCCUCUGUUUCUCCUUUUCCACCUUCACAUAUUUUUCCUUUUGCUUUUGAUCCAUCCCAGCAACCAGUUCAAUUCCCUCAACAAUUCCAAACAAACCCUUCAUUUAUACCGGUUUUUCAAGCUUCACCCCAUACUCAGCAACAGAUGAUUUCUUUUAAUCCACAGCAACAACCUGGUGUUGGUUACAGCCAUCAGCCAUUUUUCACCGGCGAUGCAUUGGUAUCACAGCAACAACAGCAACAGCAACAGUUUCUCCUGUACUGGAGUGAUGCAUUAAAUUUAAGUCCGAGAGGGAGGAUGAUGAUGAUGAGUGGACUGGGGCAGGAUGGGAGGCCAUUAUUUAGGGCACCAGUGCAGCCUAUAAACACUACCAAGCUUUACAGAGGAGUGAGGCAGAGGCAUUGGGGCAAAUGGGUAGCUGAAAUUCGUCUUCCUCGAAACAGGACUCGCCUUUGGCUAGGCACAUUCGACACAGCUGAAGAUGCUGCCUUGGCUUAUGACCGCGAGGCCUUCAAGUUGAGAGGAGAAAAUGCUAAGCUUAACUUCCCUGAGCUUUUCCUCAACAAGGAUAAAGGAACAUCCACAGCUCCAACCUCAACCAUUACCUCUCCCCAUGGAAGUUCAUCUUCAUCUGCAACCAGGCACCAGAAACAACAUCAAGAAGAAGAACAAGGUAUAAAAUUUAUGGCUCCAGAUGUGGGACUAAUGCCAGCACCAGCAGCAGUGCAGGAGGACAAUCCUGACAGUGAAUCAGGACUAGUGAUGAGUGAGGCUACUAGUGAUGAUGCACAGGUGACAGCAGAGAGUUCGGGUGCUUCAGCCUCAGGGUCACAGGAGUUAGCCUGGGGAGAAAUGGCAGAGGCUUGGUUCAAUGCAAUUCCUGCCGGAUGGGGUCCUGGGAGUCCUGUAUGGGAUCAAUUCGACACCAACAACAAUCUUCUUUUGCCUUCAAAUCUUCCGUUUUCCAAUCCAAAUCAUCAGCAAUUUAGUGAUUCCGAUCUCCAUAGACCACGAGACACCUCUGCUUCUUCUUCCUCUUCCUUUCCAAUGAACCCCUUCUUUUGGAAAGAUCAAGAUUCAUAGAUUAAUCACCGAACCUUCCUACUUUUUUCUCUCUCUUUGUGUGUGCUUUUCUUUUUUGUAUUCUUAGAGAAGGCUUUUGGACCACCCUCCUAGAUUUUCUUUCACUGGUAGCAGAUUUUGACGAAAACAACCUCUCUUUCUCUGGAUUUUUUUUUUUUUUUUUUCAAAUUCUUCAUAUUUUCAAAAACCUCUCUUACACCAGACUGCACAAAAGGCUGCAUAUUUUUUAGGCCUUUUUGCUCAAUGCUCAUGCAUUUCAUUUUAAAUCCUACAUUUUCUCCUCCAAUUGAUAGUACUAGUAAUGCGGUACUCCAUUUCUGUCUCUAGGUGGUUUCGAUCCGUUUUACAUCUAUAUGCACUUACUUCUUCAUUUUUCUUUUGAGUUUUUCUUUGUUGUUGAUGUAGGAUAGCAGAUGCAAUUGGGGACCAGCUUGGAGGGAGACAGUUUUGGUGAUCUCCUUCUCACUGUGUCUCUAACUCCAUUGCGAGCUUUGUUUUUCUGCUCGAAGCAGGGAAUCAGUGUAGUAGCUUUGUACAUCUAGCAGUCUGUUAUAUUCAUCUUAUGCUCCUCUUCUAUGAAGAGUAGAUGUAAUGUUAAAUCAGAGCAAUUUCCAGCCCCUUCUCUGCUUGCUCACAAUUUUCUCCUAUUUCCUUUGGAUAGUUUCUGUAUCAUGAUAUUGCUUCGCUUCGAGACAGUCUGAUGAUUAAGAAUUUUGUCUCUGCUGCUUGUGUUUUACCUUGCAAAACUGCAUACAUCAUGGCUUUUCCCAUGAAAACAAAGAUACCCUAAAUUU